AUGCGCGCAGGUCGGGGGAGCAUUGGCAAGGUUGAGAUCGAUUGUCGCUUCAUGUUUACCAAAUCCCAUUGGGGCGUCAUCGGAGAGUCGAAGAACCCGGGCGGCAUCAUUUACCUGGACCUCGAUUUCAGCCAGCCAGCGGACUGCAGAUUGGAGUCGGCGACCAUUACAGUAACCCUGACGGAAGACGACGGCGAGGAAGCUCGGAUCCAGCACCGCUCUGCUUGUCCAGUCAAGUUUACCGACCACUAUGGCCCCAAGUGCGUCCGGGGCCCAGAAUCCUUCGUGCAGACCAAAAAGAUACAAAAUCGCACCCCGGAGGUGCAGUUGUUUGGCUAUGGUGCGGGCGGUCUUGGUAUGAACAGGGAGAAGAUCGUUCAAACGCGGGGACGGUGGGAUUUCUCUGGGUAUAUCUCAUCCACCAAGGAGAGCAUAUGGUAUAACCGCUUGCGAUGGGAGCUCAAGGAGAAUUCGCUGGAGUGGCAGCCGACACACAGCAACCUCUUCCACACAGCAUUCGCCUUGGAGCAUAACGCGACGAGAUUCUACAUGACAGUCCACGUCAGCGGCAAACUCGCCAAACUUUCGGACAAGAUCAAAAACAAGUUGAAGUUUGGAGAGAAAGGAAGCAAGGACCAGGAAAUUGUGACCAAGAUCGAGUGGGCGGAAGGGUACUCGUGCCCCUUGCGGUUGGAUGAGGUUGCCCGCGAUUUGCAUGAGGCGAUGGGGUACGCAAACAUGACCAAGGUCCCAGUCGAGAUUCCCGACGCGUUGGCUGCGAGCUAUCACCCCGCCGUCACGAACCCGGUUACGCCAACUUUGACAGUUCAACCACCGCCGGAUAACCCACAGGUUCCGCAAAUCCAUCCGCUCACAAGGCCGUGCCUGGAACCCCGGCCCUCGGGAAGCACAGGUGAGACAUCCAUGAUGGGGAAUCCCGUGCAGCACCUCCCCGGGUUGACCCUGGAGGAACUGAGCAUGGCCGCGGCUGGCUUCGCAUAUCACCCUUCUCACCCGCCCCGCCCUCCGCCUCUCUCAACGUCGGCACCCCCGGCGGCUGAACACGAAGCAAUCUCCGAGUCCUCAAGCUCGGUAACGCUAGUGGACUCGGCGGUGCCCACGCAGGUGGGAGAAGGCGAGAGUGAACCUGCCUCUGACACUGGCCAGAAGGGCUGGAAACAAAAGACGGAUAAGAGCAAGUCGAAGGUCGGAGGGGGCAUGGUAUGGCUGGGCGUCACCGCCAUGCUAUUGUAUUGGCUGGGAAAAGUUGGCGUGCUGCUGUCUGGGCUGGCUAGUGUCGUGGCGGUCCCGUCGACACCGACACUCGAGACACCGAAAGGGAAAAAACGAAACAAAAACAAGGUCAAAAUGAUCGGGGCUGAUGGUGCGUCGGAGUCUAGCCGGACCAGGACUUCAGCCAUAAAAUUAGGUUAUCUUGUUCGCGGGCGACCCCGGGGACGUCGGGGACAGCGUCCAUAUCUGAACGUCGAUGUUGGGAGGCGGAAGAGGCAGCAAUGGGAAGAUAUCGAGUCCAAUAGCAGCAACUGA